AUGAAAAUAAUUUUCUCGAUUUUCCUACUUAUCACCAUUUCUUCUGCUGUUCCACUUCUGGACCGCCCCACAAGAGAUGUCUGGACUCCGAUUGAAAUACUUCUUUACGCAAGUAAAACGGUAGUGAAUCGAGACUCAUGGUUUUGCGGAUCCACCGAUCUCCAGAUGGCCGCUUCGCAUGGAGUAAUUGCAACUAGUUGUAAUGAGAAAAUGCCUGAAAUAAACCACUGUUGUGCUGUUCACGAUUCCUGCUACGAUAACUACUAUGGAUUCCAAAAACAUUGCGACUGGGAGUUCUGUAAUUGCCUUGAACGCGCCAUGACAAGAACUCCUAGACUUCCAUCAACAUGCACUAAAAUUCCAACCCAUGCCGCUUGUCAUCUAGUUCAAUGGUUCGGAGACAGCUCUCAAAAGAGCCAAAAACCAAAACAAGACCCAAUUGGUUUUCAUCCAGCACUCAAUCAGACUGUUAUUCAAGAAUACAACAAACUGUACAAAGAAUGUGCUGGGUUCAGAAAACCUAUCACCAGUUGCGCCUAUAACCAUAUGGUGUGUACUUUGGAGAUGUUACCUCAAGAACGAUACAAUCAAGAAUACACGGAUUGUAGAGAUCAACUUGUGAACUGUAUAAAUGAGAGUGCUACAUUUUUGGAGAUGAGAAAAUCGACAGUUUGUGCCGCUCAGCUUGAUAUUGCGUUGGAAGCCAUCAAAGAUGAUGCUCGUCUUUCGGGAAUGUCUGCCGACUACUUUUAUGUGAACACCAACACGACUGCUCAAGAUAUUCAGUAG